AUGAUGAUGCUGCAGCACCUUUUGGCUACAAUCCUGAUAGUUGCUGGAUGCUUGGCUGCCCAGCUACCAUUUAAUGCCUACCUGCCGCCGCCCAGGGAUUACGAACUGGAGGAGGAGGCAAGCCUUGCCCUUGCCCUUCUAUCCGAGCCACAACACCCGUUUGGACGGUAUGCACCUGACUUUGUGGACUAUCCUGGCAUCCAUCAGGCUCUGCUGCUGAGGCAGCAACAGGAGUAUGCCCUGGACUUGCCGUUCGAGGGAGAGUUGCACCAGCACCAGCAGCAACAGUAA